GGUAUGCAGUUGCCCGGAGCGCUGCGUGGACGGUACACUGAGGACGCGUUCUUCCGAAAGAUCUCCGCAGAACCUGCCCAGUUCCCUCAUUUCCAAUCAGUGGAUGGCCUCAUAUACAAGAAAGACGAUGGGGCUUACCGUCUGUGUAUACCCGAUGUCCUGUUUGGCUCUCGCAGGCUGCGCGAGGUUAUUAUCCGCCAAGCACACUCCAUACUUGCGCAUCUGGGGACAAAGAAGACGUUAGCUUACUUGCGUGACGAAGUCUGGUGGCCCACC